AGACGAUUCUUAAGCGCGGGAGUUGCAGGGAUAGUCGCUGUGGUCUUCGUGUUCUGUAAAAGCGGGACGAGAAAGAAAACCGAGCAAAAACAGUUCGGAAGGAGCACUUAGGAUGUUAGAAAAGACGAAUUUUCUCUCAGUUAGGACAGUUACUCGUCAUUUACACUGAAAAAAGUAAGUUCAUGACAGGCCGGACCCCCCUGUGAGGAGCUUAUAGCUACAUGACUUCGUAGCUCGGUGAGGGAAACGACGGUUGGCCAACGCACUUUUAAAGUAGAGUCCGAGUGACUGUUUUUAACGAAGACUGGUACCAGGGUUCAAAACACUGGGCGACCAUGGCUGGGUGCUGUAUGUCGGCUGAGGAGAAAGAGUGUCAGAGGAUUAAUCAAGAGAUAGACAAGCAGCUUCGACGAGACAAGAAAGACUCUCGGAGAGAGCUGAAGUUGCUUCUGUUAGGCACGGGGGAGAGUGGGAAGAGCACCUUUAUCAAACAGAUGCGCAUCAUUCAUGGCUCUGGCUACACUGAAGAGGACAAAAAAAGCUUCACGAAGCUGGUGUUCCAGAACAUUGUUACCGCCAUGCAGUCCAUGAUCAGAGCUAUGGAGAUGCUGAAGAUAUCGUUCUCUAAUUCCGAGAAUCAGGUUUAUGCUAAUUUGUUGAACGAGUUGGAGGUUGAUAAGGUGAUGGAGUUGGACAAAAGCUAUGUGGAGGCCAUCCGCAGUCUGUGGAGCGACCAAGGAAUUCAGGAAUGUUACGACCGUCGCCGAGAAUAUCAACUAUCUGACUCUGCCAAAUAUUACCUGAGUGACCUGGAGCGGAUUGCAAAUCCAGGGUAUGUACCCACUGAACAGGACAUCCUGAGGGUACGAGUCCCCACCACAGGCAUCAUUGAAUACCCGUUCGACCUGGAAAAUGUUAUUUUCAGGAUGGUUGAUGUUGGAGGUCAGAGGUCAGAGCGCAGGAAGUGGAUCCACUGCUUUGAGAACGUGACUUCCAUCAUCUUCUUGGUGGCACUGAGCGAGUACGACCAAGUCCUUGCAGAGUGUGACAAUGAGAACCGUAUGGAGGAGAGUAAAGCUCUUUUUAAGACCAUCAUCACGUAUCCAUGGUUCCAGCAGUCCUCGGUCAUUCUCUUCCUGAAUAAGACAGAUAUUCUGGCGGAGAAGAUCACCUAUUCCCACCUUGCCAACUACUUUCCAGAGUUUACAGGUCCUCAGCAUGAUGCCAAAGCAGCACAGGAAUUUAUUUUGAAGAUGUACCAGGAGCAGAACCCAGACCGAGAGAAGACCAUCUACUCCCACUUCACCUGCGCUACCGACACAGAGAACAUCCGCUUCGUCUUUGCUGCAGUGAAGGACACCAUCCUCAGACACAAUUUGAAAGAGUUCAAUCUAGUCUAAACCAGGUUUGAACCUCCA